GGGACUGUCCUGGCCAUUCCGGGACGGUUGGCGACUAUGCUUCACUUCUGUCUCUGAUAGUUAAGUCAAAACAACUGCAAGUUCUCCCUAGGCUCUAAACUGCAAGAUGAGACUGCUACUGUUGGUUCUCUGUCUUCUCUACUGUUGUCUGGUGGAGGUCCACUCCCAGACAAUAGUCAUCAGGAGAAGUCACAAU